AUGACGAGGUCCCACGUCACGUCAUUUUUUUUUGCCUUCAGCCGUCAUGCCCACUCUCGCACAAGCUCUCAAACUCAACGCUGCAUUUGCAUCCAAGCACGCUCGCCUCAAACCCAGGCCCAGCUGCUCGCCCACCACACUCAGGGCAACGCCCAUAUCCUCCUCGCAGGGCGUAACGCUGACGCUGCGAUCGAUUCGUUCCCCAAAGUCGCCAACCACCAUCACGAGUUCCUCCCCUGCGACGUGUCGCUCAUGGGCAACGUUCACGAUGCGUGCGCUACGCUGCUUGUGCGGCAACACACGGACCUCCCCCGCCUGAACUUCCUUGUCCUCUCCCCGGGCUUCUUCCCCGUGUUCGGCAGCCGCGAACCCACGGCCGAAGGCAUCGAUAACAAUGCUGCUGCGGGCCGGCGAGCCGGCGCAUGUCUACUCGGUGCUUGGUGCGGGGACGGGCAGCAGCAUUGA